AUGUUAAAUUACAGUAUAUGUGAAUAAGUAGUCUCAGUCACCAGCUCUGCAGAUUUCAAUAGAUUGCUUUAUUAAGACCCUAAUAUAAUCAACAAAAGAUGUAUUUUUUAUAUUAAUUAAGCAUAAUGCUCAGAUAAUGUUGCUAUUGGAAAUAAUCAUACAGAAAAAUAAUUAUUUUGUUAUGCUAUGAAAUUAUAUUCAUCAGUUGGUAAUAUUAAUACUCAAAUUAUUUAAUGUUAAAUUGAGAAUGAUGCUCCAAUUGUUCAUCAGCAACUUGUGAGAGUAUUUCAAAUGUCAGCAAUUAAGCAGAUUGUAACAAAUAAGCAUUAGAUUGUGUUUAUUUUUCAAGUAAAUGUUUUACAAAAUAAAAUAUAUGCACAUCUUAUAUCACAACCUCACUCACUUCUGACAAACCAUUAUUUUGUUCAUUUAUGAAGAAUUCAUCAGGAGAGCAUUGUGGAUACAUUGAUGGUAUGAAUAAUUGUAUUAAUUCCUCUUCUGAUUGUAAAUUAUUUAGAUGGGCUGCUUAUAAUAGUAAUCCUGCUCCUUCGCCUGUUCCAUCAACUAACUCAAAUAAAAGAACAUAUUGCUAAUAACGAAGAUCAACUCAAGGUAGAUUAUGUGGAUAUAAUUACAAUGAUUCCUAAUGUAGUUUAGAAACUAACUAUUGUGAAUUAAUUCAAUCUCCCACAUCCUAAAUGAGUUGCGAUAUUUAAGUAAAAGGAUGCACUUAUAUAUAAUCAACUUCACUAUGUGCCACAACUUCUAGAUUAACUACUUGCAAUGAUAUUACUUUUGAUGUUUCAAGUUUAUCUACUGACACUGAUAAAUUGAAUUAUUGUAAAUCAGUUAAGAAUUAUAAUGGUUAUUGUACUUGGAUAUCUGGAAAUGGAUUUUGUGAUGAUUUGCCAUCAGCAUGUACAUCAAUUAAUAUAAGCGCUGUCACAAAUGAUAACGAUAGAGCCACGUAUUGUUUAAGUAGAGCUAGUAAUGCAGGAAACUGUGCUUGGAGAAUAGGAGAUUCAAAUAGUACUUGUAGAGCAAUUUCUUGUUUUGAUAUCACUUAUGCUCUAAAUUAAGCUACCUGCGAUAGUGUAAUGUCUGGUUGUAUCUAUUAUUAAAAAUAAUGUAUAACUUAUCAAUCUACUUGUAAUAAAUAUUAUGCUUAUGGGGCAAAUGAUGAUUAGAAAUUGUAUUUUUGUUAAGGGUUAACUCAAACAACCAGCAAUUAUCAAUGUACUUAUAUAAUGGGAAGUUCAUUUUGCACGGUUAAACUUAGCAGUUGUGCCUCUUAUUCGGUGAGCACUUUGAGUGAUGCUAACAAAUUGACUUGGUGUUAUUUUUUAAAAGAUUUAUCAUCAAAUAUUUGCGCCUUUUAAACUGGAGAUAGUACUUGUAAGCAGAUUACUUGUGAAUUAGUAAUUACUCCAUAAUCAUAAAGUGAUUGUGAUCUAUAUUUAACAGGAUGCCAAUUUUACAAAAGCUACUGCUAUACAAAACCAACAACCUGCAGUUCUUAUUCUAUUCCUUCUACUAUUACUGAUAAAGUUGCAUUCUGUACAAAUCUUAAAAACACAUCAAAUUUAUAUUGUGGAUAUGUAAGUGGAAGUACAUGUUCAGCUUAAGUUAAUUGUACUUCAAUUACUGCAGUUGGUUCAACUAUUGCUGAAAAAUAAACUUAUUGCUAAGCAAGAAAAUCUUAAUUUGGAUAUGUUUGUGAUUAUUCUACUGGAAGUAAUUGUUUCUAAAUGGAUACAUCUCUGAGUUGCACCUCAGUCACAGGAUCAAUAAUAAAUCAAGAUAGUUGUUAGUUUUUUUCAGCUAAUUGUUCUUAUUUGGAUACAACCAAAAAAUGUGAUUUGAACUCGAAUUUAAAUACUUGUGAUAAAUAUUAAUUUAGUAGUACAAUUGAUGAGGAUACAAAAUUAAUUUAUUGCAGAUCUGUUUUAUNAUGCACAUCUCAUAUCACAACCUCACUCACUUACACAAAUAAAGUAGUUGUUCAUAUUAUCUAAUUCCUUUAGGACUAACAAAUGAGCAAUUUUUUUUUUUUUUAUUGCAAGAACAUGCUUGAUAGUUCAUUAUAGUGA